UAAUAACCUAGUAGUGCUGCAAUCACAUGAUUUUCUUGUUGCCAGUCGCUUCAAGGACAGUUUAUUUUUUUUUUCUAUAAGCUCAACUAAUGACUAUCUCUUUGUAAAUAUUUGUGACUAUUUACGAAAAAACGUAACGUGUACUGUACUUCGUUCACGAGGUAAAUGGGAGUGUUCGAUGACAAUUAUCUAUUGGACAAGACAAUUGUCCAACCGUCAAAUACAUCACCUUUGUCUCUCGUAUAUAUCUCUUCUAUAAAUGCCAGAAUUGAAAAUUACCUUUAUACUUCUCUCCACCGCAGUAUUAGGUUAGAGAGGAAAGAAAGAAAUAAGAAAAAAAACAUGGCGAAGAUGAUCCUGGCUUUAUUUCUUUUGCUGAUAACCGACUGGAUCGGAGCCAAAGCACUUUAUAAUCUAUCUUUAAGAGCAACAGCUGACACAGAUUGCAAGAAGAUUCAGGAAGAUGUGAAAAUUUACUUAUCAGUUUCAUCUCUAGCUUGGGAUAAGAAUUCUAUAAUUAAAAAACGUCAGAUAGAAUUAAAUUGGGACGUGAAAAGCCCAAAACCUAAAGAUGCAGUUGCUUUGUUCGAUUCUCUUCCUAUUGAACACAUAAACCCUCUUCAGAUUGUUUACGUGGCAAAUCAACACACGGGGUAUUAUAGAACUAAAUAUGAAUUGCCAUAUUUGAACUUCACCAAAGAUAAUAUUACAGAUGGUUGUUUGAACUACUAUAUAGCUUACAUAACAGAUGAUAAGAUAACCCAUCUUAACUGCUUGAAGACAAGACCAAGAUGGAUGAACAAGAACCGAAAAUAUAUAAGUAACUUGUCAUUAACGGAACUGAUGAUACCAGGAACACACGAUUCGGGUAGUUACGCUACUUUUCCUUAUGAUGAUGGUAUUGUUACAAUCAUAUCAAGGUAUGUUUACGCUCAAGAAGAAAGAAUUUUUAAUCAGUUAACUUAUGGAAUUCGCUACUUUGAUUUGAGAGUGGCUCGUGUUAACCAUCAGUUUAUUAUACAGCACGGUAGUAUCAUUACCAAAAACACAUUGGAAGAAGUUCUAUCUGACGUUCUUGAUUUUGUUGAAACCACCAAAGAAAUUGUUAUCUUAGAUUUUCACAGGCAUCCGGAUCAUGAAAACGUUCAGGUAGACUUACUUAAUUUUAUUAAAAGUAAAUUAAACCCGUAUUUAAUACCAAAAGGGAGCAAGUUGAAGCUAGGAGAUAUCCUGGACAGCCCUUAUCGGAUUUUAGUGACUUUUAAUCAGGCUAAAAUUUCGGAUCCAAAACUUUGGCCAUCACUAUGCCAAAUCUGGCCAGAUGUUCUAGAGGUAGAAGACCUUAAAGAAUUCUUUUCUGCCUUUUAUAAUAGGUCUGAAGUUCCACCUUUUCUAUGGUCGGCAAUGGCAGAACUGACUCCAGAUAUGAAGUAUAUACUCGAACAUCCAGAUCAGGGAUUAAGGGUUUUGGCAGAUUUUGUCAAUCGUAACAUCACUGAUUGGUUUAGAGAUAUGUGGGGAAAGUUUUCGAACAUCGUUGCCACCGAUUACUUUUUAGGUAACGAUAUUAUAUCGGUAGCCAUCGACAUCAACCGGAAGAAAAAGUGUGAAAGUAGAAAACCUCCCGCUGAAGAAGUAAGCACGUUUUCAUGUUCUCCUCAAUGAAAUUUAUUUGCACGUGGAUACUGUCUAAAAUGUUGUCAAACUGUUUACGAGACUCCGCUCCUAUAAAAAAAAAUUGUAAAUUAAAUUAUUCAAAUGACAUUUCAAUACGUUUUGUUAUAUACUAUGUAAAAGGAAUUUAAUGGCGUAUAAUUAUGCUGAUAAUUAAUUUGUGAAUAAAAACUGCAUUUAUAAUAA